AUGUCGAGCAGCAUUGUGACAGACACGUAUACUGAGUCAAGCUCUGCCCUUGAGGGCACACCGUCUGUGGCAUCAUACUCAGACGGGCAGACAAUCGACAACAGCAUGCAAGCUAGUGUUGGUGCCAGCAUGUCGGCUUUAGAUGGUGUUAGUUCUGUAAAUAGCAUGGAUUCAAGUAGUAGUGCGUUGGCAAGCAUGCCGGACCUGAAUUUGCUUUCGUCGACCAGCCUCGAAGAAAGCGUGCAUGCAAGCAUGGCUCCAAGCACUGUACAAACAGGCAUGGUGACCACAUCAGAGACUAUUGGUGUGGCAGUUAGUAGCAUGGAUGGAAGCAUGGUUACUAUGGCUACCGGCCACACGCAGACAAGCAUGUUAGAGCCUUCUGCUUCCAUAUCUACCGCAUACAACAGCAUGGACGGAAGCAUGAUAACUAUGGCAAAUGGAAACUCACAAGCAAGCAUGGCAGAUGCGUCAAAUACUUUAUCUAGCAGCAUGGACGUCAGCAUGGACGGCAGCAUGGCUACACAAGCAAGCGUGGUAGAUGCGUCAAAUACUUUAUCUAGCAGCAUGGACGGCAGCAUGGCUACACAAACAGGCUUGGUAGAUGCGACUGUCAGUACACCAUUCAACAGCCAGGAUGUGAGUAUGACUUCUAUGGUUACUGGAGACGGACAAACAAGCAUGGUGGGCGGUGGCAUGUCAUCAACAACAUCUGUGGAUACACAGACCAGCAUGAUCGAUCCAUCAUCUACUCUUGCUACAGCGCUCAACGGCAUGGACGGAUCUGCGACAACAACUCCAGGAGCAGCUUCUCCUGGUGAAUCUGGAACUACAAGACUGACUACAUCUGUCAGCACGGCUACAAGCCUCGAAGGUGGCAGUGUUGUAACCAGCAUGAUGGGGUCUUCAACGAUGGAUUUGCUGAUGUUACCGCCUCUACAGAUACCAUGCCUACCAGUGCAGCCGACGGCAUCAACGGUGCCAUCACAUCUUUGGCAUCAGACAGCAGUGUAA